AUGAGGUUGGAUGACAUUACCAAUGGAGUGGAUAUGAAUAGAGAAGAGAGGAAGCCUUGGAGCAUGCCAAAGAAAGAGUCCCUGGAAACCGGACAGAUGGCAUUUAUUUUGGCUCAAGUCGAGGCCUUGGAGAUUUGCCUGAAGGAAGCAGAAGAAAAGGCUAAAUCCUUAUCUGAACAGCUUGCAGCCUCUGAAGGAACAAAAUCCAAACUGCUUGAGCAAGUUUCCUGGCUGGAGGAAAAACUAGAGACUCUGGACCAUAAGGAAGACAGUGGGGAACCAUACGAAAAAAUGGUUCUUGCAAAAGACCAGUGCAUUGAGAAAUUACAAGCUGAAGUGAAAGCUUCCCAAGAGCAACUUACAGCCCAUAAACUAAAGCACAAAAGGAAACUGAAAAAGCUGCAAACGGAUUUGGCAACAGCUAAGCAAGAGGCUGCCAUCACAGUUCUGGAGCUCAAUGAGAAGAUAAGGACGCUAUGUGAAGGGAAGCCAGCCCCUAGAGAAGACAACUCUUGGGAAGAGUCCUGUGGGGGUCUCCCGCCUGUCGAAGAAGGUGAUCGAAAAAUUAACCUGAUUAUGGAGUUGUCGACGCAGGUUUCCCUUCAGACUGAGAAGAUCACCCAGCUGGAAGAUGUUUUAGAGGAAAAGGAAAGGAAAAUUCAGCAGCUGGAAGCUGAGCGGGGAUCCCAGUCCUUCCAAGAGGCUGAGGCCUCUCCAGAAUGUUUACAAGAAGCCCCGAUUUCCUUUAAUAAUAUUGUCACCCCUGUGGUCUCUGAUGGAGAUAUGUAAAGAUUCUCAGUAAGAAAAUAAUAAAUGUUUAUUAAGUGUCACCAGUGUAAAGUCCAGAACCCAGCCAGCCU